AUGUCGUUUGUAAUUAACAAUGAGUAUCCUCCUCGCGAAAUAAAUAAAUUUAAUAAUUCUGAAGAAAACAUUACAAUAUCACAGUUACCUGCAUUAAUAGUAAUCGAACCGCGUGUACUAUUUUCAAACCCCAUAAUUGUCAAUUUGACCAAUUCGUAUAGUAAUAAUACAAAUGGAUCUAGAUUUAUAUUGGAUAAAGUGAUAUUUUACUUGAAACAAGAUAACGCUAAACCACCAACAACGACCACAACAAUCAAACCAUCAACAACUAAACCACCAACUACAACAACAACGACAACAACUAAACCACCAACGACAACAACAACAACAAUCAAACCACCAACGACAACAACCAAACCCCCAACGACUACAACUAAACCACCAACAACUAAAACAACAACAACUGAAGAACCGACAACAACGACUGAACAACCAACAACUACAACAACCGAACAACCGACAACAACAACUAUAACCACGGAACAACCAGAAACUGAACCACCGACAAAUACAACAACUGAACAACCGAUAAUUACAACCACGGAACAACCAGAAACCGAACCACCAACAACUGAACCACCGACGACAACAACAAUAACUACAACAAUUAAACCAACGGUGAAACCUCCAACGACCACAACAACAAAGAAACCAACGGCGAAACCUCCAACAACAACCACAGAAGAUACUCCGGAACCAUUCAAUUUGUCUCCUGUGGGUUAA